CCCUAGCCACAGCCCAGCCCCAGCCCCAGCCCCAGCCCCAGCCCUAGCUCCAGCCCCAGCCCCAGCCCCAGGCUCAUGUAAGAUGGAGGUUAAAGCAGAACUAGCUCCCCAAUCUGUGACCAACACACCAAACGAAGAACCAAAGGGUGCUGCCAAAGAACCAGAGGCCGCCAAGCCGAAAUCUAACCGCCCGUUCAGCAGACUUUUCAGCAGAAAGGCACUGAUAGGCCUCAAGUCUAAAAUCAAGGUUAAGUCAACAAGUGGAGCCAGAGCCCCUGCCAAGCCUGCUGCAGCGACAGUGGAACCCAUGGAGCCACAGCCGGUUGUGGAAGUACAGACAGUGGAACCCAUGGAGUCACAGCCGGUUGUGGAAGUACAGAAUGUAGACUUCUCAAAGACGGCCACUCUGGAGGCCUCUGCCACACUAGAACCACCACCACCUGCACCGGAGGAAGAGAAGACACCUGCUGCCUCCAAAGCCUCUCCUUUCACUUCCUUUUCUCUUUUCAAGACAAAGGCAGCUGUGCCAAAAAAGGAAGUCCCUGCCCCAGCUGCAGAAGCGGUAGUUGAACCAAGUGUAGCCAAGGACGAACCAAAGGCCCCAGAGGACCCUGCUGUGGACAGCAAGCCCGUGUCAGAGCCCUCCGAGGUUAUGGAGAAUUCCCCCGUCCUCCCUAAGAGACUGGAGAAGAGGAACUCCAUCCACUUGUUCUUCAAAAACCUGGGCAAACGCCAGUCAGAUGCAGGAGUACAAACAGAACCAGAGAAGACCAAAUAAAACGGAAACACCCUUUCAAACUUCACAUGCCAUAUCUGGAAAUGAACUUUUGAUUUGUUAGAUACAUUAUGUUUCUGAUCACACUAUUGAAGGGAUGAUGGUAAGAGCAAGUGGUUUGAGGGAGAGAGGUGGACUGUGGACUGGUCUGUUCUAGUCUAAUCUUUGUGGACGAUUUCAGAGAAUUGUUCUUUGUGGAGGAGGUAAAUAUAUUUUCUGGUUUUAAAGGCUUGAUAGGUAGAGAAAAGUGUUUUUGUAACACAUACUGAGAGCAAAAUCAAUUUUCUAUACAGUAUCUACCCUUCUUUUAACAUACAUGUCAAACUCAUUCCACGGAGGGCUGAGUGUCUGCGGGUUUUUGUUCCUCCCUUAAUUGAUUAAUUAAGGUCACUAAUUAGUAAAGAACUCCCCUCACCUGGUUGUCUAAGGUCUUAAAAACGAAACACCCGCAGACACUAAGCCCUUCAUGGGAGGAGUUUGACACCCCUGCUUUAACAUAUUAAUAUGUGUAAGGAUCUAAUGCAAAUAUUACGUUUAGCAUUUUUUUUUUCCCUCUUCAUAUACACAUUUUACUAGUCUGAAAAUAACUCUUGGAGUGCAUGCAAUGGUUUCAGAUACAUUCAUGGGAUGUCUUGGAGAAGAGAUGCAUAAAGCUUAGCUUGGGAUAGAGAGAUAGUAAUGGAAUAUGCUCCAAAUGUAAUGGAGGAGUUGGUGAAAUGGUGGAUAUUCCUGCCAAGAUGUUUUUAUUUAGGCUAGACACAUGCAAUUUACAAUGUAGGCUUUAAACUUUGCAGGAACUGUACACGGAUGCAAAUAUAUGCCAAACACUAAAUUACAAUAUAUGAUUAUAAUCAUACACAGGGGGACCUCACAAUCAUUACUUUUUUUGGGAACUACACAGAUCAUCUGGUAGUCUAUAUAGCUAACUGCACAGUCAUGAAUCAUAUUUGAUUAACGUUUCACUGAAGUAUAAAGGUUUGUUCUAAUUUGAGUGCACUGCUUUACAUGUGUGUGCCUGUUUGAAUGCAGAUGUUAUAAUCUUGGGUAUCUUGUCUGUUAAUUUCUGCACCUAUAAUUUGAUAAACUGGAUCUGGAAGUAGAAUAUUUAUUGUGACAGCAAUUUCCGAAUCAUGAAAACCUGCAAUGGAGUAUAUGGGUGGGGGGUUCUACUGAGCCAACAUGGAUUUUUUUUUAAAGAUCAGACCAUGGAUCUUUUAGCUAUUUAAUUUUUCAUUUAGGUAAAAUAUUGAAUUUGGCCUUUUAAUGCUACAACCUAUAGAAAUGCAUUGAAUAACACACUCAUAAAUGGCAAAACAGAGUACAAAAAUAAAUAAUAAGGAAUAUGUUUUUGAAUUGUCUGUCCUAUAUCUAGGAGAUGUAAUUUUUUUGGGGGUGUCACAAAACUACUUCUAUAUUUGUUUUAUUUAUGUUAAUUAGAUUGACACACACGGGUGCGUUGAUCAACUUUAGGGGGUAUUUAAAGCUAUUUUUUCUGUAACUGUUAAGAAAAUAAAUGUAUACAAUUA